AUGGUGAUCGGACUCUUGACGCUUGCGUCUAUCCCCUCCGUCACAGGUGUGGCGUUCGGGGUCAGCGAGCAGCGCAAGUCGAACCAGCGCAAGGAAGAUGCGCGGCGGAUGGUCAAGUUCAACAUGGACGCCCAGUGCAGCGGGGAGACGGACGAUGACCGCGAUGUACAUGGGCGGAGGGUAGUUGUGCGAAACGAGAAGGUCAGGACUGAGACCUCUCAAGAAGGAACUUGCAAACUGACAAUUCCCGAACAGGUCUACCUCGACGAUCCAAACCCUACAAAACGACUUCAUCCUGCGUUUACAUCCUUGGCCUUCUACAUCGAGUACCCCGAGCUCGAAGAAACUAAGCACCUGGACCGCGGUCUAGGUCUUCCGACAUACGUACAGGCCAAUCCACCUCUGUUGAAUUGGAUUUACGCGGACAAAGACACGUAUGAGUUGAAAUACGGGAACCGCACACAGAGCGUGGAACACCUUGUCGGGCCUUGGGACUGGACGGAGGACGAGAAGACGAUUCUGCUGGAGGGGAAGAAUGCGUUUGUGGCAGUUGAAGAAGAGGAAGGGGAAUGGGCGCUAUAUUUUGAUCGCGAUGGGGAUGAUCUGGCGCGUGUCUUGGAGGAGCAGGACAUGUUGGAUAAUGCCUUUGUCCCUGUGAGUCUUGUUAGGCGGGUUGCUGAGGAGCCGCCUGCUCCUAAACCGGCAGAGGGUCAGGGCCAAAGUCAAGCGAGUUCACAGAAAUGA